CCAAACCCCGCUGCUUCCGCGAAGCCCGCUGUCUUGAUCAUUGGUGGUUUAGGCUACAUCGGUCGCUUUCUGGCGCAAUACAUCCAUAACAACCAACUCGCAUCAACGCUUCGUCUCGUCGACAAACAAUUACCGCAGCUGGCGUCGCUUGCGGCAGAGCACCAAGAGGCGUGUUCCGCACAGAACUUUUUGCAGGCGGACGCUUCGCGCGAACAGUCACAAGCACGUAUCUUCGACCUACCGCCGGGGCCAGACGGAAGCAAGCGGGAGUUUGACUAUGUGUUCAAUUGCGGUGGUGAGACGCGCUUCUCGCAAGACGAUGAGGUAUACAAACUGCGCAGCUAUCAGUUGAGUUUGACGGUCGGUAGGGAAGCGGCCAGAAGAGGUGUCAAGGCGUUUAUUGAGGUCAGUACGGGGCAAGUGUACAACCCAAGUCGCACGCCGCAGAAGGAGAGUGACAAGACGAGCAAACCGCACACAAAGCAGGCAAAAUGGAAAUUUGCAGCCGAGGAGGAGUUAGCGAAAAUACCCGGACUGAAGCUUUGCGUACUUCGGAUGCCGCAUGUGUACGGUCCCUACACGGGACGGUGGCUGGGCACGCAAUUGGCCCUAGCGAGAGUAUACCAGAGCCGAGACCCGAAGGAGACCAUGAAAUGGUUGUGGGGGAGUGAUCUGAGGACCAACACCCUUCAUGUUGAAGACGCGGCUAGAGCGAUGUGGUUGGCAGCAGAGUGGCGAGCGAACAAUGACCGGAUACCGAAUGUGUCGAGCGACAAAGUGGUGUUCAAUGUUGUUGACAAGGGCGCGACAACGCAGGGCACGAUGGCGAACAUCAUCAAGCAGCUCUUCGGCAUCGAGACUGGCUUUCAGAAUGCGCUAGUGAACACUUUCGCUAGGCUCAAUCUGGAGCAUGUUGUUGACGACGUGAACGACGAUACCCUGGACGACUGGGCCGAUCUGCAAGAGAGCGCGGGGAUCAAAGGGAAUGGCGGGCCUUUGAGCCCGUUCAUGGAGAAAGAGUUGCUGCGAGAUGCCGAUCUCAGUCUAGAUGGGACCCGCUUCGAGAGCGUUGUCGGCUUUAGGCCGAGGCAUGAGCGAAUUACUCGCGAAGAGGUGGAAGCUGUAAUCGAAAGCUACAAGCGUAUGCAUUGGUGGCCGUAA